ACUCACCACUUUAUCUUCAUAAUGGCUGAGCCCACAAUAGACACCUCCUCCCAGCCCUCCACCUUCCAAUCAACCUGGGUCAACAACGCCGACCCCACCGCGCUCCCCUUCCCCCGCGACAACCCACCCUUCGCACUCACCGCUGUCGACUGGCACCAACUCAGCAUAACCGACGCCGAAUUCACACCGCACACGUGGCAAGACCUGCACGAACUCAUCGCAUCGCACCAGCUCGACGAGCUCAAGCGCUGGCCCUCGUUCCUCAAAGCAUACCUAGCCUGGACCGCGCACGUAAAGGCAAAAUACGGCUCCGUCACCACGUACCUCCUUUCGCAGCGCUUGUUCUGGACCCCGCUCAACGACUCCGGCGCGUUUGAGUUCGAGGUCAAGAGUCCCGUCCCCUUUGCGGAUCCCCACGAUUAUAAAAUUCUCAGGAAUGAUUGGACGUAUGCUGUCACCGAGGGGAUCUCGCACAUUGUGGUUUGGAGUCGGACGCGGUUACCGGUUGAUGGAGAAGGUGCGUUGACGGUGGAGGGGAGGAGGUUGGUCGAGGAGUUCAUUGCGCGAGAGUUUAGGAACAAGGCUGGGGAGGUGGUGGAAGGGGAGAAGGUCAUGUGGUUCAAGAAUACGACGAAUUUGCAGAGUGUGAGGAGUUUGGAGCAUGUGCAUGUUUUGGUUCGGGAUGUACCGGAGGAGGUGUUGAAGCAGUGGAUGGUUUGAAUAGGCAGGGGGGAAGAGUAGAUGUGAUUUCGUUUCGCGGUGACAACGGGUCGAUGUUUUGGAUAGAUGGACGAUGUAGAGCUAUACACUCGAUAACUUUCCGUCGAAAGUGUUUAUUCUUUCUGCUCUGUUUUUCUAUUUUCGGGUUAGAUCAAUUGAUUUGCAAAAUAUUGGGGACGUGUGCGUAGCAUAAAGAAAGACACUGCACUGUUAGAUACGUAAACAGCGUGAUCAAUCAUCUCUCUCGUUGACCUUCUACUACGAGAAAAAAGCAUCUCUCAUUGUCGGAAAACACCGAAUCUCGUUGUCUACCACUCCUGCGUCUUUUGUCUGAUUGAUUGCCUCAUAUUUUGUAUUAUACCAGCUCUGGCGAAUCGUAAUGGCCUAAGUCUUAUAAAUUGUCAUGACCGUAAGUACGAUUUUGAAUUCCCUGUGCGUCAAAUUCCAGAACAUUGUAUCUGUUCC